GGCUUCACCUUCUUCGCGCCCAACACCAGUGCAAUUCAGGCAGCCACUAGUUCCCUCUCGAGCCUGCAGAGCAACACCACCGCUCUGCAAGCCCUCUUCCAAAACCACCUCAUCAACGGCUCCACGGUAUACUCUCCCGAGCUGUCUGGCCAGAACUUCACCUCCGCCGCAGGAGAGCCGCUAAGCUUCGUUCUCAACGCCACCGGACACUUCGUGACCUCAGGAAACGUCACCGCCCAGAUCGUGCAGCCGGACGUCCUCCUGCCCAAUGGCGUGCUCCACGUCAUCGACCGCGUGCUGCUGAACACUCAGAUUGACUCUGGCGCCGCCAGCUCUGCGUACGUGCCCCUGUGA